AUGUCGUACACCGGUUGCCAAUUACUAAUACGAUUCAUAUUGGUUGCUGGGCAUCCGUUAAGGAAUUAUAUCAAAGGGAUGAUCGGUAAUGGCGACAAUAUCAGAUUUUGGUGUUCGGUCGCUAAAAGAAUUCAAAAUCUAGACUCGGAAACGGUGCUGUCAUGGAACUGGAAUACGGCUCAGCUGUCUUCGGAUCUGCAGUCUAGUCUAAACAGUCUCUGUGACUUGCUGCACGGUAUCCAGAUUACGGCUGAGGCGGAUAGGUGGAUUUGGCUUCCAGACCCUAACGGAGAGUUCACUGUUAAAGAUGUUAAGAAGCUGCUUCUAAAGGAGACGGUUCAAAGAAACGAUUAUAUUUUAGAGUGGUGCAGUUGGUUACCUGCUAAAGUAAAUAUCCACAUGUGGAGAUCGGUAACGGAAAGCAUUCCCACGGCUAAAGGGCUAAAGAGAAGAAACAUCCAGACUACUGAGGAAGCGUGCUUGCUGUGUAACGAGAACGACGAAUCUGCUGUACACAUUUUUACAGCCUGUCAUGUUGCGACGGUUGUCUGGGAAGGAAUAUCUAAAUGGUGCAAGAUUCCGAACAUCAUCGCCUUUUCGGUCAAAGAUAUUUUAGGUAUUCAUAAAGAGGUUACAGGUUCAGAGAGGAAAAAGGAAGCACUGCAAGGUAUUUUAAGCAUAGUUUGUUGGAGCAUAUGGCGCGCUAGAAGUAGUUCGAAAUUUGCCAACACCCCGGUUAGGAUUAAAAAUAUCAUGAGCGAGGUUAAAUCACUCGGUUUUCUUUGGUUUUCUAGUAGAUCUAAACAUAAAGAGGCAGAGUGGAAAGAAUGGUGUUCCUUUGUAAAUAUGUAA